CGGUCCGUCUUAUCAAAAUGAAUCCGACUAAUCCGAGAGCGAGACCGAGUUCCAAAAAUCCAAACCCAAACGUCCCAAACCUCUCCCGUCGCUGUUKGGCAAACUGACUACAAGACGUGUUGUUUGGACUGCGCUCUACGGUUCAUCGUAUAUUUACAUAAUACAUUAUAUACAUAUUUAUUGUAAUAUUAACUAAUAACUAUAAAUUUCGAAUCGCGGCGCUAGUUGUGGUGAACUCGUCUGUUCGGUCUCGAAUUUUUGUUGCCCGUUUCCACGCUGUUGCUUGUGACUUUGUGAGUUGCGAUCGACAAUUGCGCCGGGUGCAAUAGCUCCACUUUGCAUAUCCAUCAGCGUGAUCGUACAAUGAGUGUAUCGGGAGAAAAUGCUGUGGAUGUUGAAGAACCGGAACAAUUUAGGAAAUUAUUCAUUGGUGGACUUAACUACACAACUACAAAUGAUUCGUUAAAAGAAUUUUUCGAAAAGUGGGGCGACAUUGUCGAUGUAGUUGUUAUGAAAGAUCCUGUCACUAAAAGAUCACGGGGAUUCGGUUUUAUUACAUACUCAAAAGCUUCAAUGGUAGAUGAUGCUAUGGCCAAUAGACCGCAUAAAAUUGAUGGCCGUGAAGUAGAAACAAAACGUGCUGUACCGCGUGAYGACAUAGAUAAACCUGAUAUAGCAUGGACUGUAAAAAAAAUGUUUGUUUCUGGAAUUAAAGAACAACCCGAAGAAGACAUAAAAGAAUAUUUUGGACAGUAUGGAAAUAUACUUAAUAUUCAAAUUAUUGCAGACAAAGAAACCGGACAACGUAAAGGCUUUGGAUUUAUUGAAUUUGAUGAUUCAGAUUCAGUUGAUAAAGCUGUUUUAAUCAAAAGUCAUGAAGUUACUGGAUCUAAAUUAGAAGUUAAAAAAGCUGUCAGUAAAGAUGUAGCAUCAGCUUCCAGAGGUCGUAGAGGUGGACGUGGUGGAAGAGGACAAAGUUGGGGAGGACCAAAUAAUAAUUGGGGAGGUAACCAUUUUGGGGGAUAUGGAGGCGGUAGUGGUGGUUGGGCUCAAGGUGGUCCUCAAGGUUGGAAUAAUGUUUGGGGUAGUCAAGCUACCCAAGGAGGUUGGGGUAAUGGAGGAGGUAAUUGGGGAGGUAGUCUAAGUGGAUAUGGUGGUGGACCAAUGCGAGGAAAUUUUGGUAACAACAGAGCAGCCCCAUAUCAUACAGGUCGAGGAGGUAGUGGUAAUUUCCAUCAAAAUUCAAGAGGGAGGUAUUAAAAGCAGGUUGCUGAAGCAAGGCUG